AUGGUGAAUAGAACAGCAGAUAAUGGUGGCCGUCCUGCUGCCUCUUCCUCUUUACCUACUGCUUCUGCUACUACUACUUCUGCCGCUCCUGUUGCUGCAUGUUACUUCACCUUCUGGUGUAGACCUUCCCGCCCAGGGUCCUGCCACCACCGUGCCCAGGGUCUUGCCACCACCGUGCCCAGGGUCCUGCCACCACCGUGCCCAGGGUCCUGCCACCACCGUGCCCAAGGUCCUGCCACCACCGUGCCCAGGGACUUGCCACCACCGUGCCCAGUGUCCUGCCACCACCGUGCCCAAGGUCCUGCCACCCACCGUGCCCAGGGUCUUGCCACCACCACCGUGUCAGGGUCUUGCCACCACCGUGCCCAGUGUCCUGCCACCACCGUGCCCAGUGUCCUGCCACAUGCCCAGGGUCCUGCCACCACCGUGUCCAGGGUCACACAUACCAUGCCCAGGGUCCUGCCACCACCGCGCGCCCAGGGUCUUGCCACCACCGUGUCAGGUCUGCCUGCACCUGCAUGCCCAGGGGUCCUGCCACCACCGUGCCCAGGGUCCUGCCACCGUGCCCAGGGUCCUGCCACCACCGUGCCCAGGGUCCUGCCACCACCGUGCCCAGGGUCCUGCCACCACCGUGCCCAGGGUCUUGCACCACCACCGUGCCCAGGGUCCUGCCACCACCGUGCCCAGGUCCUGCCAUCCCACCGUGCCCAGGGUCCUGCCACCACCAUUCGCAGGGUGCCACCGUGCCUAGGGUCCUGCACCGUGCCCAGGGUCCUGCCACCACCGUGCGGGUCCUGCCACCACCGUGCCCAGGUCCUGCCACCGUGCCCAGGGUCCUGCCACCACCGUGCACAGGGUCCCUGCCACCACUGUGCUUGGGGUCUUGCCACCACCGUGCCCAGGGUCCUGCCACCACCAUGCCCAGGGUCCUGCCACCACAGUGCCCCUAAGGUCCUGCACCACACCGCAUGCCCAGGGGUCCUGCACCCACUGUUGAGGUCCUGCCACCACCACCCCGUGCCCAGAUGCCACCCGUGCCCAGGGUCUGCCACCACCGUGCCCUAG